GGGAGCUCCUGCCCUUCAGAGGAGCAGGUCACCCUUCCUGGGAGGGGGGGAAUGCCGCGGGGACGCGCCGGCGGGGCAGUAGCGCGCCCGCGCCCACCGGCGCUGCCUGCGCGCCCGCCGCGGCCCCGGGGGGCUCCGGGGCUACCCUGCGGCGGGGGGCGGGGAGAAAACGCGGGGGUGACCGCGGCUCCGCGGGGCCGGGGGAGCGGAGGGACGGCGGGUUGGAUGGACGGAUGAGGGAUGAUGGAGGGAUAACGGGUGAAGGGAUGGAGGGAUAACGGGUGGAGGGAUGGAAAGAUGGAGGGGUGAAGGACGGAGGGGCGGCAGGACGUGGGAUGGAGGGAUGAGGGAUGGAGGGAGAAGGGAUGGAAGAACGAGAAAAUGAGGGGAGAAGGGCCGAGGGACGGAGGGCUGCAGGAGCGAGCGCCCGCGCUUCCCAGCUGCUCCCGCUCCGCUGCGCGCCCCCGCUCCGCUCCCCGCCUCCCCCCCCCCCCCCCCCCCCCCCACGCCAUCCGCCGCCGCGCGUUCCCGCGCCCGGGGCUGACUCUCCCUCGCAUCCUCCUCCGGCGGCGGCGGCGGCGGCGGCAGCGCCGGGGAUGGGCAGCGAGAGCGCGCCCAGGAGCAGCCCGGGCCCCGCCGCUCCCCCCUGCUCCCGCACCCGCUGCUGCUCCUGCCCCGCCGCCCCCCGCGCCCCGGGGGCAGCGCCGCCGCCGCCGCCACACCCGCAGCCCCCGCCUCGGACGGAACAAAUUAUGACAUCGACAUCUAAAGGAAUUUUCCGGCCAUUUUUUAUUAUCUUCAUUGUCCUUGGUUGUUUCAUGGCAUUUAUACUAAUUUAUAUCAAACCAACAAAUAGCUGGAUCUCUGGUCCUAUAGAAUCAGCCAGCUCAGUUUUGAAAAUGAAGAGCUUCUUUUCUUCCAAAACAGAUAAUCUUAACGAGACUACUGUUUUGAUCUGGGUUUGGCCAUUUGGUCAGACAUUCGAUCUAACAUCCUGCCAAACAAUGUUCAAUAUCCAUGGGUGCCAUCUGACUAUUGACCGCUCACUAUAUAACAGGUCCCAUGCUGUUCUCAUUCAUCACAGGGACAUUAGCUGGGAUCUGACUAAUUUACCUCAGCAAGCCAGGCCACCAUUCCAGAAAUGGAUUUGGAUGAACUUGGAGUCUCCAACUCAUACUCCACAAAAGAGUGGCAUUGAACACCUCUUUAACCUGACCCUGACUUAUCGGCGUGAUUCAGAUAUUCAGGUGCCUUAUGGCUUCAUGAUGGUCGGUACAAGUUCCUUUACAUUUGAAGUGCCAAGUAAGGAAAACUUGGUCUGUUGGGUUGUAAGUAAUUGGAACCCUGAGCACGCUCGAGUCAAGUAUUACAAUGAGCUUAGCAAAUACAUUGAAAUCCAUACCUAUGGACAAGCCUUUGGAGACUACGUCAAUGAUAAGAACUUGAUUCCAACUAUCUCCACCUGCAAAUUCUACCUUUCCUUUGAAAAUUCAAUCCACAAAGAUUACAUUACUGAGAAACUUUACAAUGCUCUUCUGGCCGGAUCAGUACCAGUUGUACUGGGCCCUUCCAGAGAAAACUAUGAGAAUUACAUUCCAGCAGACUCUUUCAUACACGUGGAAGAUUUUCUCUCCCCAAGAGAGCUGGCAGAAUAUCUUCUGAUGCUUGACAAAAACAACAAGAUGUACCUUAGUUAUUUCAACUGGAAGAAGGAUUUCUCAGUGCAUCUUCCUAGGUUCUGGGAAUCACACGCAUGUCUUGCUUGUGAUCAUGUGAAAAGACACCAGGAAUACAAGUCCAUUGGAAAUUUAGAAACAUGGUUCUGGAAUUAAUUUGUGUGUGUGUGCGUGUGCGUGUGCGUGUGCACUUUUUUGAAGAAGCCAGAAGAAAUUUCGGUCCAAGUGGAGAGGAAAGGAAAAGAGGGAAAAAAAAAAGAAGAAAAAGAGAAAAAAAAAAAAAAAAAACAGAAGGAAAAGAGAACCUUAUGUCAUGGUUUAUCAGCUGUCCUCUUUUGGCUAUCCUAUUUAUAUUUUGUAAAAGAUUUUAAAGGAUCAUCAGCAGCAGUAAUCAAUACUCAGUUUUAAAUUACAAUGCACAUACUAAUUAUGUGCAUUGAAAAAUAUUUGAUUGUUUACUAUAAUUUUUAAACAAGGUUUUCCACAUUUUCUGUGAAAUAUGUCCCCGUUGUACACUUAAAGUAGUCAUUUUUAACACUUCUUUUUUCUUUAUUUCUAACAUUACAUUUACUGUUUAACCUCUUUGGAAAAGCAGGACACAAGUUUUAAAUGCCAGAGAGAAUUUUAAGAACAUAAUUUGCUGUUCCAGUCUGAAAUGUGUGUAAUAUUUAAAAGACAGUAAAUUUUUUUAUGGUUCAUCUUACAUUUUAAGAACACAGUAAAGUUCAAUACCUACCAUUAUUCCAGUGUGAUCAAUUGCAUCCCUUUUGAAGGGUGAUGAACCUAGAAAUACAGUUUUUAAAAGGUAUUACAACUGUAGACAGUCUUUGUUUCUAAAAAUAAGAUGUUUCUUAACCAAUAGGUCUAUUAAAUUACUUUAGGAUUAUAUCUUUUCUUACCCUUAGAAGAAUGAAGAAGUCAGAUGUAGAAAAGAUGAACAACCUUAGUGACCAAAGCCCAGAUUCAUCCAAUUUUUUAGUGUAUUUAAAUGUAGCAUGUCCUUAAGUCUCAUUGUGUCUCAAGUAUUGUUUACAGGAACCAGGGUUGUAAGUGGUGUUAUACUGAUACAGAGAUAAACAGAUUUUUAACACAGGCAUUUGAUUACAUCAGCCUCCUGCACUGAAAUCAGCUGGUAUAAUGGAUUUUUAUAAAUAGCUUGUUGAGAAAAUUUAGCUAUUUCUCUCCUAUAAUUUCUUGAAUAGUUGUGACUUUGUCCUCAAUUCUGUAAAGAUCUGUUGAACUGUAAUUGUAUCUGGAAAAUUUGUUGUGGCUUACAAAUGUGGAACAAAAUGUCCAAACUUUAUUUUCUGAAAGAAAUAUGCUGAAAUUCAGUAAAUAAGUUACCAGGCUGGCAUAUUCAACCAUUCAAGUUAUUAAGCUAAUGAGUUUUGUUUUUUGAAAAUAUUUUAUGUGAAAGAUAUAAACGAAUGCACUCUUGCACUCUUAAGAGCAGCAGUUGCUAUCAAAAUUUAAAUAUAUACAUAGGUUCCUAAGUAUUAAAUUUGCUCUGAUAGCAAAUACAAAAAUGGGGAUGAUUGUCAUGAUUGUUUAAAAUGUCUGCUUUUAACACGUCAUUUGAUUUUAUUACUUUUUUCUUUCAGCUGUCUUAAAUAUCUGAUUGCCCUAUAUAUUCAUACGUACAAGGUUGGUUUAAUGACAUAAAUGUAUGGAUAUCUUUUGGUAUCAAGUGAAAGCCAAUCAGCUUGGUUUUUCAGGUCAAAAAGUUACAAAUCACACCUUCUACGAAAAAAAAAAAGAGUUUAACUGGAAAAACUUCAGCUUAUGUGAUGUGUAAGACCUUGAUCAAGGAAAGUAGUUGAUCAAGUACUUAAGAUUAAACUUGCAGACAACAACGUUGCUGAAAUAAGAGAAUAAGGGAUAAGCAAUGAUAAACAUUUAACAAAAGAUAAGGUCAUUUGUCAGAUACCUUUUUUUACCCCAGGCUGGAAAAGAAACACAGAAGGUUGUAAGACUAUUGUAGUUACAUUUCUAGAACAGGAAACUCCAAGGAAAGGUUAUAGGCUUCAAAAGCUGUUUUCUGAUCAGAUAUUUAUUUAUACUAUUUAUUGCUGUCCUUAAAAACUAGUUGGCAAUAUACGGUGAACCUCCUAACCUCACCAGCAUUCCAGAACGAAACAAGAUGAGCUUACUUUGCAAAUUAAUGCAAUAUAAAGAAACCCAGUCUUAUAAAAACAAAGUCCUGACAUGGAUGUAAUGUGAGUAGUAUCUCUAUCAUUUUGAAGGCAAGUGGCUACUGCCUACAGUCUGUCCUAUAGGACAUCGUACUUUUUGUUUUCAGGAGGCUGUGAAAUUCUCAGUCACUGAAUAUGCCACUGCUUCGGCUGGAUAAUCUGAUACCCUUGAUGCUGGAAUUUGGAAGUUCUUUACAUUGAUCUCAGUGGAAGUACAUUCACCUCUUGGUAAACGUGCACAGUCCCUUAUUUCAUUCCUCAUUUCAAUAGUGGGAGUUGUGCUGUGUGUUACAAGGCCUUAUGUCAAAUCAGACUGGUUUCUUGGCAUCAAGAUUCAGACGAUAACUUCUUAUGUUAAUAACAAGUAAGCACAAUAAUAAGACUUGUUACUAUAAUUCUCAAUCAGUAUAUAUACAGGAAAGUUUUUAAAUAUAAACUAAAUUUUAAGCCUGUAAGUAAUGGCAUUACCUCUGUGAGUACUGGAUACAGUCAGCAUGGCUAAUCUUGUGCUGAAUUUUAAGUGAUUUGAAAGUCUUUUGCAGGAACUGGAAAGAGAGUUAUUCUCUUCAUACAAGGCUUGUAUACUUUGCAUUCAGGAUGAAUUGCUAAAAUUGUGUUAAAGAUUAAUAAAACAGUAGACAAAUCUAAUGCAGAUGGAAAUGACCAAAAAUCAUGACAAAAUCCUAAACAAGAGACAUGACCCUAAUGCCUCACUGAAAUUCUUGAAGUGUGUGGGCUGGAACAUAAGUGAGCCAGCCAUUUUAUGAAGAUUUUAAGGUGAUUUACAGGUAUCGAGCCUUAAGCAGUUCUGGCCAUAAAGAGCUUUGCUGACAGAAGAUGAAGCAUCUUCAGGCAUGUCCAGCCUAGGUGGUAAAUGAUGCAAAGCAAUGGAUGUAAAACAUCUGGACUCCAUGCAUGCGUAAAGGCACUCUACCUAGACCGACACACCUGACUCACGGAAGAUUGAUCCCAGUCUAUAUAUAACAUUAAGCAUUGUGAUGGCUGUGCUCCUUCAGUGGGCUACCCUACAUGAACAGCUAGCAUAAAUAGACUCAAAUAGUAAAUCGCUGUGGAGGAGAACGGGCAAAACCAAUUAAUUAUGGAAGGGCAAAUGACAUGGAAUUAGUUAAAACAGAGAAGACUGUAUUAUUUAAGCCUUGGUACCACCGGCAAAAGAAGAUAGUUGUACAAGAAAAGAGAAACGAAAGAUGAGAAAUCACGCCAAUUCUUACUAUUUUCUCAACAGUUUUAUUUCAGGCAUUCAGUUUAUUUUAUUUGCCAGCCCACAAUAAUCUUGCAUAUGCACUUGUCACAAGUUAACUUGGCAGUCACUGAAGACAGUGAGUAAUCAUUAUUCUUUCUUUCACAAUGGCUUCUUUUGGAUGCUUUUAGGCUCUCCGUCAUGCACCGAGCUGUCAACAUUACUGCCUUUCUCUGGGUGGAAAAUAAGACCCAAAACAGAUAAAAUACUGGCUGCAGGUGUAUUGCUACCCCAGUGAAUGUGAACACACAUCAGACGCAACUGGCAGCAGAUCCUUCUAAAGCAGAGCUUUCUUUUCAUUUCACAGACACUCGGUGACCACAGCAGGUCUUGCUCAGUAUGAGAUCUCCAUCCCUUAGCGAAUCCCGGUUGCCAGUUUCUUUGAAUACCUCUUACCACCCAAGAAGGCUGUACCCACAAUGAACAAGCAGCCGGAGCGAGGCCCACAGAAUUUGCGAGAGACAGACAGCAACAUAUUUUUCUUUUAAGAAACAGAUCAAGUAAAAUGGAAGUUGGACUGAGAGACCAUGAAUGUGGGGACAUGCAGGCUGAGCUAGAUAUGGGAAAUUGGCACUACUGAGCACAGUAAACAGCUACUUACUGUUUCUCAAAUUGGGCAUUAAAAGAAAAAACCAAACACCACGUAAUUUUCUCACAUCUCUAAUCAAGCAAGCUUCAGUUAAAUAACCAAUAACUGUUGCAGAUUAUUCAAGCAUGGGACUCCUGUUGGCCUUGUAUUAGCUCUUCUAUUAGCUAAAAUAUAACAUUCAUGGGGAAGAGUGAAGUCUGUUAGUAAGCUAGUCAUAGUUCUUAUCUGAAUUCAAGAAUCUUUAUUCUUGCUUUCUUUUCUUUUUUGAUUUUGAAGUAAAUCUUCAUGUCCUCAUGCAACAGUACUUUCUGGACUUGAUUCAAGAGAGACCUUAAGCACAUGCAUAUGACCACGAUACUCAAGCACACGCUUAAAUUUAAGAGCAUCUUAACUGCUUUCAUGCACUGGGGCUUCAAAGAGUAUGUUUUGUAUUGCCUUUGGGAAUUGUGCCGAAGAGCACAGCCUGUAGCCAACAAAGGCCAAUUUGUGUGGCUUCUUUUGCCCAUCCUGUGAGUGGAGUGGCUACUCUACACUGAAAACUGGCUUAGCGUAUAUCCAGUAUGCCUUGGCCCCACUCUUCUGCUUCAGCACACUCUAUGUGCCACCGUUGCUUCACGCUACCACACAGCAAUGGCACUGCACCUUACAGCCUCCCUCUGCUGCACGGGGUGAGUGAACUUGCAUGUGAUAUAAGGAGGUGAGAGGAGCUGAGGAUUGCUGAGAUAGUUUUUCGAGGACUGUCCUAGGAAGAAAGCAUAAAACCUGGUCAUGCGUGCAUCCUUGUAACCUGGACUGAGUGUGCCCUAGAGAGGGUCACUCUCAGACAUACCUGAUUUUCCUCUUGGAGGGAAAUAUUUGUUUCAGUCUAGAUGGGAGUGAACAACGGUGUGUGCAAAGUGGGAACAAGAGCUGUGUCUGUGCAGGCUGACAAGGAGCCUUCUGACCUAUUUAAACCUAAUGGUGAAAGUUAAUCAAAUAUUCAAGUGUUUCCUUGGUCAAAACUAGCACAUUAUUCAGGAAAGAGUCCAGGAUAAGUAUUUGUUUAUCUACUAGUUGGUGGGCUUUUUCAUUAAUAUUGGCUGACAGUUCUGUUUUGUUUAUUUGUUUUUAAUAUAAGUGAUUUUUACAUGUCAGAAAUCCAUCAAUAUGAUUCAUACAAAAUAGUUAUUUCAGUUUCAUCUUUCACUCCUUGCUCAGGCAAAUCUUCCAUUGGAGUCAGCAGGUGAUUUGGGAGACUCCUAUACCAGUAGUACAGGAAUGAGCCUAGACUGGAAUGUCUGGGGUAAAAAACAACGUUCUUAUUCAUGGAUAUUUCCUUUCUAAUACUUGGAUAACGAGUGCUAUAGACAAUUCUACCUUUAGAGAAUCAAUUUAAAAUUCAUACUGGUUAGAUAUGUUCAUAAAAGCUACAGAAAUGCCAAGAAAUUGAUUAAAUAAACCAUGCAGUAGUAAUUUUAAUUCAUGGCACAAAUGCCACAGAGUGAUACAGAUGAUAAAACCACAAACUCAUGAGAAAUAAUUAGGCCUAGAGACAUCACCCUGCAGUUUUCAUAUUGGAAAAAGUCACUUCAUUACUCUAUUGGAAAGGUAAUUAAUUGGGAAUCUUUUACGUUGCCGUAUUCUCUAUGCAAUUAACUGAAACCAACAGUCUCUCUGCAGUGAAUAGUUCAGAGAUUUGCUCAUGUGGCAGAGAGCCUUUCACCUCCAGGUUAAUAGCCUGAAUUAUGAGUAGGUUGGUCCAGAUCGCUGUUUGGGAACCUCUAGUAGAUGACUCGGUAAUCUCAGUCAGGUUUCUCAUUCCUGCUUUUAGCCAAGGAGGCAAAGAACUGAACCGAGACUCAUCUGACGUCUUCUGAGCAUUUCUCGGCAUGCUCACAGGGUGGCUUAGGAUGGUCUCACUCCUGCAGCCUGUACCAUGCCCGUUUAUGAUUACGCAGAAGACUUUGCUGUUCCAAGUAGUAAGAGUAUUGGCAUUUUUUUGAAGUACGGUGCCAGUCUGUACAAACGAAAUAUUCAUACAUGAGGGAACUCUUCAUUAACAUUCCUAAGUAAAUAAUUAGUAGGAAAAUCAUUUAAUCAUUGCGAAUUGGCAGCAAAUGCAAUUGUUUGUUAUUCUUUAUAUGAAUUAGUCCAGCGGAAAACAGGCUUUGAUGAAACCUUAUCCCCCUGACUUGAUACAGCCUGUUUGGAUCCAGAUACAGGGUCAUGCAUGAUAGCAAAAUUUGACAGAUAUAUGGUAAACCACACUUACAUAUAUAUAACGUUUGGAUAAAUUUCCCAUAGAACUUUGAAUCUGUAACUAAACACUUUAGCAGUCACCAGAUGAAAAAUGUUCCCAUCAAUUCUUUUCUUUAUAAUGUGACAGGAAAAGCCAGUCUGAUAAAUGCUGUUUGGCAAAUAAAUUAACCAUAAAAUCUGCAUUUUCCAUUGCUGUUUUGUUUUGUAACACACACGUUCUAAGAGCUGAGAUUAAAAAGUUUGGAAAGUUAACUCCCUUGGUGCAAUUUAAUGUUUUAAAGAUUCAGUGGAUAUACUGAAAUGAAGAAAGUGAGAAGCUUUUCCAUCUAUACAAAAUCCUAAUGUGCCAAACUGUUUCCAGUGAAUGAACAAAACAGUUAAAUAUAUUGACUUUUUAUUAGGAUUUGCAAAAUCUUCUAUUAACGCACUGUAAUUUUGCACUAUUUUGUAAGAAAAGAAAAAAGGAAAAAGAAAAAAGGAACUGGAAAAGAAACAGAAAAAAAUCUAAAAAUAGAUGCCAAAUGUAUAGUUUGUAAAAUACUAUUUUUCUUAUAUAAGGUGUCAUCACAUUGUGAAUCUAACUGUGUUAUUGUAAAUUGUGAAAAAUGUGAUGUACUGUUGUGACACAGCCUACCAAGGGCCAUUUCUAACACACAGAUUAGUCACCUGGACUUGUUUAUAAGAAACACAUUCAUAAAUCUGAGAUCUCUUUUAUACUUAUUUUUUGUAGACUAUUUUUCCACAUUUACAACACAGCUGUUAUUUUAUAUCAAACAUUAAUUUUGCUUUAAAAUAUUGUUUGAAUAGGUGGGUGGGUGUCUUAAGUGUGCCAGAGACUCAAAACUGUAACAAAGAUAAUUCAGAAACUAUUCUUUGCCAAAAUGUAAUGCUACUGAAAUCGAAGAUGUUUUGUUGAACAAGCAGACACACUGUCAAUAAAUGAGAGUUUCUAUCCUGUGAUAAUGAUGAUAAUGUUACUUUGCUCGGAUAAAUGCCUCAUAGUUAUGAGCUGCAUUCCCUUCUGUCAUUCUGUAUGCUGUGGAAACAAAACUGGGUGCCAUAGCUGAAUGUCAUAGAUAUUCAGCCACUCACAUAAUGUGCCAUGGACUUGACCUCCAAAAUAUAUUGAUAGAAUUAGGAGGAAAACCCUCAAGCUGCUUGUCCUGAUUCAAACCCGCUUUCUGUGGUGGGUCACAUUAAAAUGGGAUGGUUGACACACACAGGACUGAUAUGAUCUCAGUAAAGAUAGUGAGUUCUGUAUGUAGAAACAUGAGACCACAUUCACCCUCUUAGUACAAGAUCAGGACCAAAGUCCCCUUCUUGUCUAUUUGAGCUUACACGCAUAGCAUUGAGUGGGAUCUGAUAGGAACCCUUGCUUCUUGUUCUCAGCUAAUGAUAUUCCUUGUACUGACAAUUUAAUUUUUAUGUGUUUUAUAUAGUAUAUCUAUAAUGCAUAAAUUCAUGUGUAAGAAAUAGUAACCAUGGAAAAAUGAAUUUUAAUAAAAAUAAUGAAAACCAUUCUUACCUGCAGGCACAUUUUAAGAUGCCAUGUUAAAAGGAGAUCUUGUAAAAAGCUGUAUUUUUUAUUUAUUAGUGAUUGUAUAUUUUGCCCCAUGACCUAGACAUUUUAUAACAGGGAUUCUACCAAGCUGGUUUUUUGUUCCCUUUGAAGAAUAUCAUCACCCUGAGAUGCAUCUGAAAAAUGUGGAGGUUCAACCACUGAUGUUUUUCACUAUUUUUUUAAUUUGAUGUUGUUGUUCAACUUUCUUCUGAUUACCUAUAACUAUGUUCAGAGUUUUCAACAAAAUUUGACAGCAGUCAGAAGAUACCUACUGUAUGAAACUACAGGUAACUGUAACCAUUUCAAGGACUUUCAUCAUUUAUGUGAAAUUAAUAUUUCAGAACUCUGAUUCCAAGAUGGUUAACAAGCAGCUCUCUGACUCUUAUUUAUUGAGCACUGGAAUUCUCCCCAAAGGAUAAACACUAAAUUAUGUAAAUAAUAGUGCUCUAUAUAAGCCUAAAAAUUAUUGUAAUAGGUAUAUUUAAAAUAAAAAGAGAACAUUCUAAGUGUA